AUGUCAAAUGUAUCUCUACUUGAUUGCCCAAUAGAAAUUCUUCAUCAUAUUUUUGAUUAUCUUGAUACACAAACAAUUUUUCGUUCAUUACGAUGCGUUUGUAAUCAACUCUAUGCAACUGUUAAGACUUAUAAUCGUUUUCAACUUAAUCUUACUUUAACUUCACAAUUGCAUUUUGAUUUUAUUUUACAUUUUUUUUCUAAACAAUCGAAUAAAAUCCAUUUUCUUUUAACAAAUUUUGAUAUUCGACAAUGUACUCGACUUAAUUCAUUAACACUGUUAGAUAUUGAUAAUAUUAAAUUAGAUCAAUUUUUAUCAUAUAUUACAGUUUUACCUUUAAUAUCACUUUCAAUUCAAUUUUAUCAUGCAUCUCAUCGUGUACCAACUCCUUCUCUUUCAAAAGCUAUCAUGAAAUGGAAUCUUCAACAAUUACAUCUAAUAAAUGAAAGUUAUAUUACAACAAUUUUAUCAUGGCCAAUUCCAUGUCCAUUGAAUCAUUUAACAAUAGACACUUGUACAUAUACAGAAUUUAUGUAUAUUCUUGGACAUUCUCCCUUUUUACGAACAUUUACUAUGAAAAACUGUAUCGGUAUGAAUAGUGCACAUUCUAUUGAUGUAUCUUAUCCACAAUUGACUUCAUUAAUAAUCAAUUUCUGUUAUUUAUCAUUCAAAAACCUUAAUUUGCUUCUUUCAUAUACACCAUCAAUUACUUAUCUGAAAUUAAUCAUUUAUGGAGCGGAAAUGGACUCUUUGUUUGAUGGUUCACAAUGGGAAGAAUUUAUUCAAACAAAACUUCCAUUUUUAAAUAAGUUUCAUUUUUGUUUUCGACAUACAAUUCAGAAAAAUUAUGACAAAUAUAUUAGUAUCGAUUCGAUUAUAAAUCAAUAUCGAACACCAUUUUGGUUGGAAAAAAAAAGUUGGUUUGUUACUUGUGAUUGUGUCAUGCGAUCAUCAUUAUCUGAAAUAAUACUUUAUACAAUACCAGUACCUAUUCAAGAUUCUAAAAUCUUUAUAAGAUGUAAAGCACUGUCGAUGAAUAAUAUUUGUUAUUUGACUGAACAUGCUUUGGAGGAAAAUGGCAUUGCUGUGUCAGAAGAAAAGACUCUUAGUACAUUGUACAUUGGCGAAAAUCAAAUUGGAAUUGAAGGAGCACAAUAUCUCGCCAAUAUAUUACAAAACAAUACUACUCUUACAACAUUAAGUAUUGGUGAAAAUCAAAUUGGAGACGAGGGAAUGCGGCACAGUUUAUAUAUACUUGAUCUUAGUAGUAAUCGACUUAAAGUGUCAAACGCACAAUAUUUGGCUAGAAUGCUUGAAAAUAAUACGACAUUGAUGACACUUAAUUUGAGAGACAAUGAAUUGAGAAGCAAAGGUAUCGAAUAUAUAGCUUACGCAUUGAAAAAAAAUAAAACACUUCGCAUACUUAAUCUUCGUUUCAAUCAUAUUGAUGACGACGGAGCAGAAUAUUUAGCUGAUACAUUGAUAACUAACAGGACUCUAGCUACACUUAAUCUUUGGAACAAUGACAUUACGGGUAUAGGAGUACGUUCUCUGGCUAAUGCAUUACAAAAGAACACAGCACUUACCACACUAGAUCUUGGACGAAAUCGAAUUGGAUCUGAUGGAACAAAAUAUUUGGCUAAUAUGUUACGAAUAAAUUCAGUCCUCACAAUACUUAAUUUAUGGAACAAUCAAAUCAAGGAAAAAGGAGCUAAAUAUUUAGCAAAUGCAUUAGAAAUCAAUAGAACACUUACUACUUUGGAUAUUGGAUCUAAUAAUAUUGCUGAAAAUGGACAACAGAACUUAAUCCAUGCAAUACAAAUUAAUAAAACACUAACAACACUUAAUCUUAAAGCUACUCCUUUACUCAACAGCUAA